AUGAAUAAUAUCGCAACUAAUGACACCUACACUAUAGUCUGUAAACAUGCUUUAACAGGUACCAUUUGUAUUGCAGGAAGUUUUAAUAACUGGGUAAUUAAGAAAAUGACUCAUAAUGUUAAGUACAAUCAAUGGGAAUAUGUACUAAAAAAUAUCAAAACGUUAAGUUCUUCUAAUGUUAAUGUUACUGAACCCCAUAAAACAUCAUCAAAGCUUAAAAUCAAUUUUAAAUUUAUCAACGAGGACACUGGUGAAUGGUUUACCGAUGAUAAUUUUCCAUGUGAAAACGAUGAACAUGGCAAUACAAACAAUGUCUUAUAUAUCAAUAUUCAUGGUGCCAGUGAUAGCGACAAUAUUUUGAAUACACCUAAAAGUAUAACACAUAACGUAGCUGAUAACGAGGAAAAUGUAAAUAGUAAAACACCAUGUUCUACUCCUAAAUUUAAUAUAAGCGAUACUGAAUAUGGUAAAGAUGUAGUUGGUAACGAUGAAGAUAUAUGUAGUAAAACACCAUGCUCUACCCCCAAAUUUGAUAUAAAAAAUAGUAGCGAAUCUAAUGAAAAUGUUGACGUUAGCGAAGACGAUGGUAAAACUACUAAUAAAUCCAGUAGAUUUAAUUUUGAAGACAAGUAUCCAGGUUCAAGCGACAGAAAUACUGGGAGUAAAGAUAGUCUUGCUCAGAAAGAAAACCAAAAGAGUGAAUGUUUGGAUCCACCUUUCAAAGCUUUGUCAAGUGAUACAACAACUAAUAACAUCAAGUACGAUAACACUACCUCAGAUAAAAAAUUAAUAGAUCAGAAUACAACUACAAAUGAUUUAGAUCAAAGCGUAACUAAUUCGCCCAAUGAAACAACCCCAUUGACUUCUACAAUGGGUAGUAUUAGAAACAGAUACCAAAGUGAGAAUACUAUUUCUGAUGUUAUUUCAAGUAAUAGUAAUAAUGAAUGUAUUGCUAACAGUAACAGUCAUACUACUACCAGUAACAGUCAUACUACUACCAAUAACAAUAAUGAUACCAAUCUCUCAAGAACUCCCAGUUUUUGGGAAAGGUUAAUUCUUUUUUUUAAAAAACUGUUUGCAUGCUUAUUUAGUUCCUCUAGAAGUAAUAAUACAAACACUGGCUCUGGUUAA